GCGAAAAAAGAACUUGGUUUUAUUUUUUACUGAAAUACUAAUUUAACGAAUAUGAAGUACGAAAUUAUAAUUUUAACUUUUAUUACUUUUGGGUUUGGGUUUGUUAAUAUAUGCAAUGCAGAAAAUGUUAAAAAAAGUGUUGAUGAUAACCGAGAGGAUAAUGGUGAUACAGAAGAACCUGAGACUUUGUACAUUCCUUCAGAAUUUGAAUCUAAUAACAUUACAUGUACGAGAAGACAAAAUAGUUUGAUGCAUGAAAUACAGACAGCGGGUUACAAGCAGUUUCCUUUUAUGGUUGCUAUUAUGUCUCAUCAGAACGAAUACAUUUGCUCGGGUUCUGUAAUAUCUAACGGGAUGAUUCUUACAACAGCGGAAUGUACACAACGACCUAAUAGUUACGUGUUAUUAAAUACAACUAAGGCUAAAAAAGAUGGUAAUUCUAUCAUGGUUCGUGUGAUUAAAUCCGACAAAUUUCCUACAUUUACUGGUUCAGAAUCGUUAAAAAAUAUUGGACUGAUAUAUACAGAAAAAUAUAAUAAUACAGUUGCUUCCAAAAUUAUACUGAGCAACUAUACAAGUACUCUCAACAUUAUUGAUAUUGAUGCUUUGGGAUUUGGUUUGAAUUCUGAUGUUGGACAAAUAAAAGAAUUGCAAUACGUUGGUUUAGAGCAUCGUUCUAUGGCUGAGGGUGUAGAUGUAUUGAAAGGUUAUUUCGAUUGUGUGGAAACAAAGAUACUGACUUGUUUCAAAGACAUUGGCGGACCCGUAAUAUAUGACAAUGAACUAGUGGGUGUUAUUACUAAAGGUCAAGAUACAUGUACCAAAGAGAUGUCUUCUGUUUAUGCAGUUAACAAGUUUAUGGUAGAGGCCUUACCGACUUAUACUUUUAAGGCCUGGCUAGAUGAAAAAAUUAAGAAAAACGAAGAGCAAGAUGAAACAUCUUUGUUUGCUUAUCCCUUGAAGCCAGUUCUACGCAAACAAAUACAUAAAAUGACAAGCGCUGGCAAUUAUUUCACUAUAACACCCUUGCUUAUUUUUAUUAUGCCUUUAGCGUCUACGAAAUUUUGAGUUUGUGUUUAAAUUUUUGUUAUUUAAUAAACUUUUUCUAAUUGAUGAUUUAAAAUUUGAUUGAUA